CUCGCCCUCACCACAUGCCUCUUCGGCCACCUCAAAGGCUUUUUCUCAAACAUCACAUUACUCGAUCUCAUCGUUCUUUCUCAAUCGCAAUGUCUGACUUGAAUAAGCAUCCCGGAGGAAUCGCUGCUUCCGAAAAGGUUCAACCUGAACUAGACAAAGGCUUAGACUGUUGGAGUGUCUUCUCGCCUGCUUCAGGAUACAUGCCAAAGGACUCCUUGAACUUAGGUCAAGGUUUCAUGAAUUGGGCUCCACCUGCUUAUAUCAAGACAGCAGCUACAGAUGCACUUGAGGAUAUAUCUGCAAACCACUAUAGUCUUCCGAAAGGACGUAUUCGAUUGCGCAAGGCAGUGGCUGAGCACCUGUCUGAUAGCUUCAAUUUGGGCAGGGCCUUAGAUGCGGAGACUGAAGUGUUGAUCAGUGCAGGCGCCAAUAUGGGCAUCUUUGCCAGCUUGCUCGCAUUUGUCUCUCAAGGCGAUGAGGUCAUUCUCAUGGAGCCUUUCUUCGAUCAGUAUAUCCGUAACAUCACAUUCACCGGGGGUAAGCCUGUUUACGUACCUAUACGCCCCCCGACUGAAGCAAGUGAAAAGAACGUAAACAGUAAGACCUGGAGAUUGAAUGUUGACGAGCUCCGGGCCGCUAUCACCCCCAAGUCCAAAGUCAUUAUUCUUAAUACACCCCACAAUCCAGUGGGCAAGGUCUUCUCUGCGGACGAAUUGAAAGCGAUUGGAGAUCUUGCUGAAGAGCAUAAUCUUUUGAUCAUCGCAGACGAGGUGUACGACUGCCUCACCUUCGAUCAACCACACGUCCGUAUAGCAUCCCUUUCCAAGGCUCUAUGGGAUCGCACCAUCACUGUCGGUUCGGCUGGAAAAUCGUUUUCAGCAACUGGAUGGCGUGUUGGGUGGUGCAUUGGACCUAAAGCUUUGCUUACACCCAUAUUAGCUGUCUUGACAAGGACGGUGUUCUGCUCCGUAAGCCCUUUACAAGAAGCCAUCGCCGCGGGUUUUGAACAAGCCAAAGAAAAGGAAUUCUUCGAGAUUCAACGGCGCGAGUAUCAAGAGCGAAGAGAUCUUAUGAUGUCCUAUCUUGACAAACUCGGAUUGCCUUAUACAGAACCAGAUGGAUCGUAUUUCAUAUUGGUAGAAAACUCGAAGAUCCAAAUUCCGGCUGAUUUCGAAAUCAUCGACAUUGUCAAGAGUAGACCUCGCGAUUGGCAUGUGUCUUGGUUCAUUGCCAAAGUCGCUGGUGUUGUGUGCAUACCACCCUCUGACUUUUACUCUGCGGAUCAUGUCUCCAUCGCGGAGAAUUUCACCAGAAUAGCUUUCUGCAAAGAUUUAGAUACUCUGAGAGAGGCUGGCGAGCGUCUUCAAAAACUCAAGCCAUAUCUGAAGUGAACCCAUUUGUGCAGUGCAGGAGUGUUUAUGAUGUUACUACAUUUCUCGAAGGAAUUAUGUCAUGUUUGAAGAGCAGUUGUUCGAGAGCCAAAACACGCAUGUUUUUGUAACUCUUG